CCCCCAAAGGUGGUUCCUUGAGACCGUAGCUGUCCUAUUGCUAGCCCAGGGAGCUCCUUUAACGACCAGCUUUCGACAAUUCAACCCACGCCCGGCUCCUCCCUCCUCACCCUAUCCACAAUCGACCCUUUACUCCCGCCGCUGGAACUGGCCCGAACCGAUCGAUCGAGAAUUCUUCCUGGCUCAGCUGCCACAGAUUUGCGAAAACCGUGCGAACGAUGGCGCCGACAAGAUCGUUGCUGCACUACGUGUGCAGCCUAGUCCUCUUUGCCUGCUGCGCCCAGGCGCUCAGGUUCGACCUGCAGGCCACAAGCCCCCAUGAGGGCAAGAAGGAGCGAUGCAUCCGUAACUUUGUCGCUCGGGACACCCUCGUUGUCGUCACAGCCAUUGUGGACGGUCAGAAGGGCGAUGGCAUGACCGUCAAUAUGCACAUCAAGGACGCUGUUGGCAACGACUACGGCAAGCCUAAGGAUAUUGCGGGCGGCGAGAAACGCAUUGUCUUCACCUCCCACGCCGACGCUGCCUUUGACGUUUGCUUCGAGAACAUCCUCUCUGGUUCCGGGCGCAGCGGCGCCACGAGUCGUCACAUCGAGCUCGACAUCGAUAUCGGCGCCGACGCAAAGGACUGGAACGCCAUCCAGGCGACGGAGAAGCUCAAGCCCGUCGAGGCGGAGCUGCGGCGCAUCGAGGAGCUUGUCGGCGAGAUCAAUAGCGAGAUGGAUUACCUGCGUUCUCGCGAGCAUAAGCUGCGCGACACCAACGAGAGCACCAACACCCGUGUCAAGUGGUUCGGCAUCGGCACUACGUUGAUACUCGUCGGCCUGUGGGCCUGGCAGAUUAUGUACCUGCGGGCGUACUUCAGAUCCAAGCACCUUAUUUAGAGUCCUUCUUUGGCGGGGUAAGCAAGCGAGUCGACCAAACGGCUUAACAAAGCCGCAAAGAGUUUACGGGAUGUCGUGCUGGGCGUGGAAAGGGCGGUGACGAGUCUCUGAUGAUGCUAAUCGGAAAAGGAUCCAAGCGCCUAGGGAGGGUUUCCCAGUGCGUAGUAGUGUAUACAUACAUACCACGGUCGCCAUUUUAAAAGCCAUGAAUGAUAUAACGGACAUCACAUCACGCUCUUGUCUCUGCCGCAAAAAUGACAUGUCCACUCGAGUGGGGUGCGCAGCCAGGACCAAGAGAACGUCCCGUAAGUCUUGGUCUGUGUUAUAGUAGUCCUCACGUAUCGACAUUUACGUCGGUUGAUAUCGAGGCUGAUCUCUCAAUUGACUGCAAAGAUUUGAAUUGGGGGCACUAUGUCAAGUGGCGUGUGUUGCCUAAGUGCAUAUCGCUGAGCCAGUCGUCUUCCGCUGUCAAAUUACGGGUUUGUUGUACAACAUCGUCCCGGGGCCCGGGGCGUGGUAGCCAGCCUCCAACGAAAGCAGGCCGCCGCCUUUCUCUCAUAUUCCCUGCCUUUCCCUUCGCCACCUUGCACAUAUGUGCUCCGUCCGUAACUAUGUGCAAAAGCUUCCAACGAAGCCGAAAAUGCCGUGUACUAUUGCCCCCUCCUUGCCUGCCCAUCUCUGUCUCUCUGUCUCUCCGCCGUUGUAGUAAUGCUCCUGAUAGAUGUGGUGGUACAAAUCCCCUUGCUCUGGCGGUCCUCUACUCCUGCAGUCUUUGAUCCUCGCGCCCAUCCACUGGCCCAAAUGAUCCCCGCU